CUGUACAGUCGGGUGGCGGUAGAGUUCUUUCAUUUCGAGGUAAGCUUGUACAGAAAAGCUUCUCUUUGUACAUAUAACGGUGUGUAGUUUUUCUAGCGACAGAUCCAAAUGCUGGCAGUGUUGACAAUCUCUACGACAGUAACAGACUUAGCAGCAAGCUUACGUGCAUGUCAUACUUUGCCGAAAGGCAAAGAACUACAUGCUCAAAUCGUGAGUGAUGGACUGGACAAGAACUUACAUCUGGCCAAUGGUAUCGUUCACAUGUACCUGGUAUGCAAGAGCGUGGAUAACGCUCGUAAGGUGUUCGACAAAAUGGCCUCUCGAGACGCUGGACUGUGGGCUCCGAUGAUGGCAGCUUAUGCCCGGGUCGGGCAUCUCCAAGAGGCAACAGGCUUGUUUCAUCGGAUGCUAGACGAAGGCGUGGUUCCGGAUAGAGUCACUCUCCUCACAGUGAUCAACGCUUGUAGCGAAAGUGGGAGCUUGGCAGAGGGAAGAAGGGUGCACAGGAGGAUUCAGGGCAGUGACUUUGAGUGGAGCGUGGACGUGGGAACCGCACUUGUGAGGAUGUAUGCCAAGUGUGGCAGCGUAGACGAGGCAAGGCGAGUGUUUGACAACAGGCUUCUCCGGAAGAACAUAGUGUCGUGGACGACAAUGGUUUCGGCCUACGUCGAGAGAGGGUGUCUCGAGCAAGCACUGACGCUGUUUAUCGAGAUGCUACAGGAAGGGGUAGCUCCAAACGAGAUCACGUACGUUUCUGUUCUCAACGCCUGCGAUCUUGAUGCCGGAAGGAAAGUUCAUCGGCUGAUCGAGCAAAGUGGUCUAGACUCGGAUGCUUUCGUCGGGAACGCCCUGAUCAAAAUGUACCGGAGGUGUGGUUCGCUGGAGGAUGCAAGCUUGGUUUUCGAUGGGAUAGCAGACAGGAACUUGCUAGUGUGGAACAGUAUGAUCGCCGGCUACGCUUCCCUUAAUGAAGCCCAAGGAACUCUCGAGUUCUUCCGGAAGAUGCUGCUCGAUGGCUGGAAAGGUGACAAGCACACUUUGCUCACAGUCCUCGAUGCUUGUGCCAAGAGCAGCACGUUGCAAGCCUCAAGUUUACAGACAAUUCACGACUUGGCUGUUGAGAGCGGCUUGGAUUCGGAUACACUGGUCGGGACUGCCCUGGUGAAGAUCAAGAGCGAGCAAGGCGAUAGGAAGUCUGCGAAGAUGGUGUUUGACAGCUUGCGAGCGAAGGACUUGGCUGCAUGGAACUGUAUGUUCUCAGCCUAUGCCAAGCACGGACGCUUGAGGGACGCGAUGGAGCUGCAAGAACAGAUGAAACUCGAUCAAGUGAGGCCGGACAAGGUGACGUUCGUAUCGAUCUUAUCAGCUUGCACAGCAACAGGGAGCUCUCUCGGGCUGGAAACCGGGAAAAAAACUCACGAAGAGAUUCUUGAGCAAGGAUACCGCCUCGACGCAGUUCUUGGGACAGCUCUGGUGAGAAUGUACGCAGCCUGUGGCCGACUGGACGACGCAAAGCUGGUUUUCGAGAAGAUGGAGUCGCGGGACUUGAUCUCCUGGACAACAAUGCUUGGAGCUUACACUCAAGCACGGCUUCUCGACGAGGCGUCUAUCACCUUUCGACGAAUCCAGCUCGAGGGACACACUCCAGACAGGGUGGCACUCAUCGCAGCUCUCGGUGCUUGCACGAAUCUCUCUUCAGCGAGAGAUUUCCACGAACGGAUCAGGCAGUUGGGCUGGGAGAAGGAUCCGCUCGUCGCAAACGCUCUUUUGGAAGUCUACUCCGCCUGUGGAAGCCUGGAAGACGCGAACGAAACUUUCGAUGGGAUAGGCGAGCCGAGCGUUAUCUCCUGGAACUUGUUGAUAGCAGCGCAUACACGACUCGGGCAUCCCGACCGGGCAUUCGAUUUACUCCGAGCAAUGGAGCUCCAAGGCCACAAUCCGGACAGCGUCACGCUCGCCACAGUGAUAAACUCUCGAGCAAGCUUGCAACUCUUCCGGAAAGGAAAGAUCAUCCACGACUCCAUCCUGGAGGCGGGCAUGGAGAUAGACAGCGUGGUCGCCACAGCGCUAGUAAACUUCUAUGGAAAAUGCGGUGACUUCGCCACAGCGCGCUCGAUCUUCCAAGGCGUCGGGGCGGCCGACAACGUGGUGACGUGGAACUCCACGCUGGCGGCGUAUGCCCAGAGCGGCCAUGCCAGUGAGGCGCUCCACGUACUCGCGGAGAUGGUCCAGCAGGGCGUGGCUCCCACGGCUGUCACCUUCGUCAGCGUGCUGAGUGUGUGCGGCCAUGCUGGCGUGGCGGACGUUGGCUGCCACCUGUUUUCGUCCUUGAGGUGGGACUAUGACAUGGAUCCUAUUCCAGAGCAUUACGGGUGUAUGAUUGAUCUGUUGGCGAGAGGGGGUUGGCUGGAGGAGGCACGUCAGCUGCUCAAGACGAUGCCAACCACACCGGAUUCUAUCAAGUGGAUGGCAUUGCUGAGUGGAUGCCAUGGUGCUAGCGUUGACAAGACGGGUGUGUUUAUGGCAAUGCAGCUUCUCCAGCAAAACACCCAAAGUUCUUCUGCUCACAUUGCCAUCUCUAACUUGUAUUCAAAGAUUUGAAUAAUAUUGACACAUUCAUGACUAAA